AUGGCAAAGAGUACAGAGGCUGAACAGUUGGAAAAAAUGAAGAUCUUAGAAACCAGAAUAAAGGCACCAUCAAUCUGGGGAAGGUAUCCUGGCGGAAUACGGUUCGAAGACUUACAGGAGAGGCGGUAUGAGGAUGCUGUCAGGUUGUUGAAGAAACAUUACUUAACUGAAGAAAUUACAUACCGGUCAGUGAAGAUAGCUGACGAUAAGGAAGGAGUGGAUGAAUUCACACAUCAAGCCAGAAUUUGGAUGAAAGAUAAAAUGUCGAUUGCUGCAGUCAAGGAAGGGACAGAUAAACUUAUAGGUGUUCUCAUCAUGAGGAUUCAAGAGAAACAGGCAUUCUCUCGGACAUUCAGCCGAGUCAAGAUCACUUACAAUCCUCUUUACUCAACGGUGGUAGCAUUUAAUAACGAGUUGGAGAAGCCAGUGAACCUAUUCGAGAAGCUUGGUGUGAGGCGGUACUUCAAGAUCUAUGUGCUGGCGCUGAAGCCCAGGUAUCGGCAUAGAGGUAUAUCAAAGGAAAUGCUAAAAGGGGCGAUUAGUCUCAGUAUGAGCGCUAAUGUUCCUGCCAUAGCUGGUUUUUUUACUACAGGGAGGGGCCAGCAAAUAGCUGACUCAUUAGGAUUCGUAAAAUUUAAUGAAAUAUAUUACGUUCGAUACAUUAUUGAUGAUCAGAUAGUAUUCUGGGAUACCGGUCUUGGCAACUACGGUUCAGCUUUGAUGGGAUAUCGAAUACCAUCCAUAGAAGAACCCGAAGAGAUUCAACCCCAGGCGUCUUCUCGCUUCAACGUGCAGGUCGCGAAUGAUGAAGAAGAGACCAAGUGA